CUUACUUUCAGAAGUUGAUAUCAACACAUUCAACAAUCAACCCACGGCCUUCAACGAAGACUACAAUACAAUUUCGCACAACGCCCUCCCACGUAAGGCCCUGAAUUUUGCGGCACCAACAGCUGAUCGAAGCAGCACUUCCGAUGAAAGCUCACCACGAGUUGGAGCGGCAUUCACUCCUGUCUGCCCACUGAUUGACUGCACCUUCGAUGAUAAUACCUUGUGCAAUUACGUGACCAGCUCCACCACACACAGUCCGGCUAUUAAUGGAUCUCUCAAAGACUGGAGGAUAACCAACAAAGCCGUUCUCAAUUCGCUCACUGGGAUUCCUUACGAUCUUUCCAAAAAUGGCUACUAUAUCUAUGCUGGCGGGACUACAGUAUCCUAUCUUGACACCUACAUUCUAUCGACUAAACUACCUUUCGAAUUGAAGGAGCCUUCGCGUCUAGACUUUUUUGUCUAUCAAGCAGGUGUAAAAGGACGGCUGCAGGUGUGCAUAAAUACGAUCAACGAAUGUGCUCUUACCAUAAAAGGUAGCACGAUAGAUGUGAAAGCUCGCAGAUGGAAAAACUACCAUGUACCAUUGACAUCAAGUGCACAUGUGGUACAUUUUGUCGUUGAUGGUCUUCUAGACAACUACGCGAUUGGACUGGAUCAAAUUCAGCUUUUGAAUAAAUAUGGUAUGGCAGCCCAACCAUGCAAAUGA